GAUUACAAACCAAUUUAGAAGAUCAAUAAAUGGACCCUAGAUCACCAGCCACCACCACGACCAUACCCCUAAAAUCCAAUGACGAAAAGAAUCUCACAUAUAAAGAAUUCCAAGCAAUAGACCGUGCAAUCCAAAGAGAAGACUUCGCAUUCCUACAAGAAUAUGUGAAGGCUACUUCAAAUGGUGAACUCCGGUGGGUAAACCUCUCCAAGGACCCGCUGCUUAACGUAAUGAUAGCUUAUGACAGCAAGGAUGAUAUCUUGCUCAAACUGAUCGACAUGAUGACGCCCAAGGCCUUGAAGGCGAAAAACAAGGUCGGUGACACGGCCUUACACGUCGCAGCGGCCAUGGAUAGAAAGGCUGUGGCCACUGCCCUCAUCCUGAAAAAUGACGAUCUCAUCCAUUACAGAAACAAGAAUUGGGAGACACCCCUCUUAAGGGCCGCUCGUUUUGGUAGUGCCGACACUUUCGACUGCCUCUUAAGUUACGGCAGCGACAUCUUUGCCAGAAAUGAAGACGGGUCCAGUGUUCUUCACUGUAACAUAUUAGGCAAUAAUCCAGACUUGGCCUUAAAAAUAGCACAACAAUAUCCAAAGUUGAUGCUGAGUAGGAAUAGUAAGGCAUUGACCCCUUUACAACUUCUGGUCACCAUUCCAGAAAUGUUUCAAAGUAGUUUGGUGAUGGGGCAUGCGGAAUCAUUAAUUUAUGCAAUUAUUCCAUUAAAUAGCCACAAUGAUUCAAAGAAACUUGGAAAAAAAAGAGAUGAAGAGGCUCCUCACAAGUCCACAAGCUCCGAACAUUCGAAAUAUUGGGUCGAGGAUGAUAAGGAUAAUGCAGAAGAUGACAAAUUUCUAAAAGAAUCAAAGGCAAAGUCUAGCAAAAAAUUCUUGAAGAACUGUCAACGCUAUGUAACUGGGGGUGCCUUUCAAGUGCGCUUCUACAUCAUUUUAAUUUUGAAAAAAUUGUCCAAAAGGGUAGAGAAGCUUGAAGAACAAAAGACGAAGCACGCACAAACCAUGAAGCUUAUUGCAUACCUUGCAAGAGAUCCGGAUUACUGGGAUUUCAUCCAGCAUGGAAUAUUCAGGCAAGAAAUUGAUGACGAUGAUGAUAGUGACGAUGAUGAUGAUAUUGAGUACAGAACUUCAGAUGCUCCAUUUGAUAGUUCAGAUGAAAGAGCUACUAUUAGUCCCCAAAAUGAAAAGAUUCCAUCUUGUUGUUUAGAGAUAAAGAAUUUGAUUUCAAAGCAAACGAAUUUGAUAAAAGAGCAAAAUAAUUUGUUUAAAGAAUUCAAGAAGGAAAGCGAAAGUAAAAAGGAGCCUGAACCAACACGAUGGCAUGACUCACCUCUCAUAGUUGGUGCCAAGAUGGGGCUACAUGAUUAUGUAGAACAAAUUUUGAAGGCAUGCCCGCAAUCAGUUGAGAUCAAAGACAUGGACGGAACUAAUAUCCUACAAGUUGCCAUUAAACACCGUUAUGUGAAGAUUGUGAAGAUUAUAGCUGAGAUGAUAAAUGGACCUAAUCCGGUGUUACCAACUUGGUUGUUGUCGGACGUUGACAUGAAGGACAACACUAUCCUGCAUUAUGCUGCUGAAACAACCAUCAAAGGCGAAGGAUUGGCACUGCAGAUGCGGCACGAGAUCAAAUGGUUUGAGAUGGUGAAGAAGCUGCUCCCAAAGGAUAUGGAGUAUAGCAGAAACAUAAAAGAGAAGACGGCUCAUGAGCUGUUCGACCAGAACCACGCCGAGAUGGUGAAGAGCGGAAGGGAUCAGCUGAUGGAAAUAGGGAAGACAUGUUCAGGUCUCCUUGCAGCAGUGGUGUUCGCCACUAGCUUCAACAUUCCCGGAGGCAAAGACUCAGACAAUAACGCAAAAAACAACAUGACUAAUACUGAAGGAAACCAUUUCAGUAACGAGUCAGUGGGUUUCAAGGUGUUCACUCAGGCGUAUAUGAUUGGGUUGUCCUUGGCGACUUGUUCUCUUAUUCUCUUCUUAUCUUUCCUGACGUCUAACUAUAGCCCUGAAGCAUUCAGGAAAUCACUUCCGACCAGGUGUAUAUUGGCAGGUGUGUCCUUCUUCUGUGCCUUGAUGGCUCUUCUGGUGGCUUUCGUAUGCAAUGCAUACCUUACUAUUUAUGGAGGGGGGAAACCUAAGGCUGAGGACUUGCUACCACUCAUCCUUGAGCUCACUGGCUUCCCAUUGUUGUGGGCCGUUGUUUGGUUUUUUGGUGGCUUUGGCUCUGGAUUUUUGGAUUUCAUUUUAAAGAAGUUCCGCCGAUGAUAAGUGCUGUCAUGCACACACGUACACACGUAUUGACGUACACUUAACAGUACCAUUGUUUGGUGUUAAGUUUGUGAUGAGGGCUGCUUGGAUUUGGCUUCUGAUUUUCAUUUUAUUUUUAUUUUUUUAAUCACAGUCUUCUUUUCUUUUCUUUGGAUUGUAUGACUGAAUUAAGAUUGGAUUUUAUAUCAACA